AUGGGUCAUGAAACGCAGCGUAUGAGAACGGUGACGUGCGUCUGGGUAGUUUGACUGACGCUCCGACGCUGAUUGUGAAACGUUCGCGACGGUGACGAAAAUCCCAGUGAGUGACAGCUACAGAGACAUGUCAAGGUUUCGAUCAUUGUUGCAAGCCUCAGUAAAUGCAACGAAAAAGGCUUUUACGUGGAACAUUGAAGAAUGGGUACCACCUCCAGAGAAGUAUAUAUUUAAGUUUCAUUCGAAAGAAGACUUGAAGAAAUGGCAUCUCUAUUCUGAUUCUGAAUAUGGAGGAUUAUCUUCGGCUUCCUUGGAGAUCCCAGAUGGAGGAAAAGGAUCAGAUGGAACUGGAAUUUUCUCGGGGAACCUUUCCGUAGACCUUAGUGAGGGAUCAAAGUUGAACAUCAGUCGGAGUGGCUUCUGUGGAAUGCGCUCAAAGAAGUUUGAUGGCUUCAUUGAUCUUGACGGGUAUGAUGCAAUAGCCAUGAGACUUAGAGGAGAUGGAAGGUGUUAUAUCUCUACAAUCUAUACCGAAAACUGGGUGAAUUCACCAGGACAAACAGAAGAUAACUCGUGGCAAGCUUUCGUCUUUGCUCCAAAGGACAGGUGGUAUACUGCCAAGAUCCCUCUAGCUAGAUACUUGCCAACAUGGAGAGGAAAUGUAAUCGAUGUGGAAAUGGAGAUGAAUCCCGGUCGUGUUCUGGGUAUGUCACUGUCGGUUAACGCAGAAGGUGGUGCGGUUGGAGCCAAGUCAGGAGCAGGUGAUUUCAGAGUUGAAAUUGACUGGAUCAAAGCCUUGAGAAUGCCAUGAACGGGUGAAGCAUUAUGGCAAUGUAUGAUGUCUUUGUUGCUUAUUCUUUGUUUUAGCUUGUAAAAAACAGGCCUGGAGUUGAUACUUUGGUGGCCUUGUUUAAGCUGGUCAACACUUUGAGCAUGUUUUAACUAUGUUCAUCAAAUAAAAAAUACAUGACACGAAUCAAAAAGAUAUGAUCAUUAUCUUAUGUUUUGUAGUUUAUCCGUUUUUGGUCAACUUGUUA